UUUGUCCCGUACAUUUGUAUAUAUUUUUAAAUUCUUGGUGUUUUUAAUGUUUUUAAUUUAUUUAUUUUUUGAAAUUUGAUUACAAUUUAUUUUGAAACAUGGGUGAUCUUAUAAAGAAUUUUGAGAUCUUCAAAAAACUUGGAUUCGAUUCAACAAACCAAUGGAUGUUCUACGAUGAGCGAUUCCAGGCAUUCUUUUCACAUUUUGCUGAAAACAUCACAGAUGAAAAUAUUCUAACUGAACAUGAACUCCUUGAACAUAAUGAAAUGCAACAGAGGAAUGAAAUUCUACCCCCGCACGAACGAAAAGCUCAAAUCGAUCACUUGCAAGAGGAGUAUCCCGGAUUGAUGCAAUACAAGGAUUCAUGCAUUGACAAAGUCACAAAUGAAAUUGAAGCUCUUGAAGAAACUGAAGCGUUGUACUCUGAUAUGAUUUUUGCCAUGGGGAAUACCAAGUCGAAUGUUAGUUCGGAAGUUACAGAGCUUGAAAGCAACAUAAACAAUAUGAUGAGUAAUGAGAAAGCAUUGCAUACAGAACUAUUGGAGUUGUGCGAAGAACUCCAGGAGUUACAAAAAGAAACACGCGCCCUCUGUGAUGAGUCAAAAUCAUGUUAUAAGAAAAUGCAAACUCCUCCACUUUUUAUCCACCAACUGCCUCUGGAUAAAUAUUUCAUCAAAUGUGAUUCAUUUUUGCAAUAUCUUAAUUUGUAUAUAAAAGAAAACUUUAAAAUUCAGGAUUUUGUUGAGCUGGAAGAGGAUCAUCAAGAAAUUCAAGAAAUAACUUCUCAGUUAGAAAAUAUUCGUAAACUCAAUUUGAACUUUAUGGAGAAAUUUAUCAAAGACAAAGCUAAGUCAAGGGCCACCCAAUCGAUGAUUGAUAAUCUCGAUAUCAGUAAAAUGCACAUUGUCAGUAUUUCGGAUAUGAAAAAAGAAACACGAGAGUUAGAAAUGAUAAACAAUCAUCAUUUCAAUAGCACCUACAAAACAAUUAUCAAUGAUUUACAAAUGCAUUUGGAGCAACGUGCCCAACAACAGAUGGAACUUAUUUUGUAUGAAAACACCAAGGAGAAACUAAAUCGAGCUUAUAGGAGGCUUGAAAAUGUAAAAGUCCUCACGAAAACAGUAUCUGAUGCUCUGACAAAUGCCGAACUCAUUUGGAUAACCACUCAAUUGGAUUUGGAAAAAAUACGAAAUCGAUUCGAUAAUUCCGAUGAAUUGAAUAUGCAAGCUCAGUUGUGUUUGAAACGCAUCGAGGCAAUGAAAAGUCUGCAAAAACUUCCCUCCAAUACAAUGAGCGAAAUUGUUUUCACUAAAAUCGCAGAGAUUCUAUCGAAACAUUCAACAGUUAAGGUGCGUAACGAACCGAAGGCGUGUUUGUAUGAAUAUGAGAAGUUUGGGAGACUUUUGAAGUAUGCUCUAAAUGCAUUGUUAAAUAAGAAGCCUUAUACAUCUGUUUUGGAACUUACCAAUGAAUUAACUCGCAUUGAAAACAUCUUAAAGCCAUAUGUCUAUGAUAGUCCUGUCAAACUGCCCAUGUUCGAACAAAUCAACUUACUCAAACCAAUUUUCAAUGCAAAAAUGAAUAAAAAUCAUUUUGAAAUGGAUUUCCGGCAUUUGCGAUCUCAAUUCCAGGAAAAUAUUCAUGAAAAAAUGAACAAUGAUAUCUUGUGGCAUAAUGGUCAGUUGCUUUGGAUUUGGUUCCUUACCGAACCGAAAAAGCUACUAGACGCAGUUGCUGAAAUUCGAAAGGCUGCUUCAAAAGUACCAGUAAUGACGGGAGUUAAGUCACUUGGUGGUAUUAAAAGGAAAGGAGAUUCAAGUAUACCUUGAGGUUCGUGUUUUUAUUUAUUAUUUUUGUUGGAAUAAAAGUUAAGU